AUGAACAGUGAAAACGUUAUAAAUGGAGCUGAAAAGAAUGGUGUUGAUGUUGAAAUAAGAGAAGGAUUGGCACAAAUGGAUGACGAAAGGGAAGAAAUCGUGAAGAUGUGGAAACAUAUGGAUCAAAAGUUGGAGUCAAAAGCUAAAUCGUUGAAUCUGACUGCCGUCAAUCAUAUGAUAAAAAAUCCACAAGUAAUAUCGCUCAUUAUGGGAUUAGAUCAAAAUGAUGCACAUAAUGAUCAAAAAGCAAUCGUAACGGUACCACGUGUUUCUCGAACAUUUCUUGAUAUUGAUUAUGAACCCAAUGAAGAUGAAGACGAUGACUACCUCCCGGAACAGGAUGAAGAUGCAAGUGAAAUAGGAGAUGAUUUGGAAAUUCUUGGUGAUGCAUGCGAUGAUGCACUUCAGGUAGUAGAAGCGGACACUGAUGUAGCACCAGCACUGCAUACACGUUCAAAACAACAGGACAGCAGUACUUUGGAACCCGACAAUGAGCAAUUGUUCGGCGAUGAUAUGUUGCUGUAUUCAGCUGUAGAUGAUCCGGAUUAUGUGGAAUUCAUUCGAAGUCUCAAUGAUCCAUCAAAAUAUGAAGGCGAUGCUUUGCACAAUAGGUUGUUUGUAUGCAUUUUAGAAGCAGAAGAUCCGGAAUAUAAUUUUUUGGCGGAUAUCGAUGCCGAAGAUUGCACAGAGGAAUACGAAAUACGAAAAGAUCGUGCCACUGAAAUACCAAGUUUUGAAAGAUUUUUUCAAAUUUCUCUGUUUAUUAAGUUCAGGGAUGAGUUCAAAGAAAAUUCUGCAGUUGAUCAGGAGAAUCCGAAGCUCGAUACAAAGGGGGGUGUGAGAGCGGAAACAUCGGAAGUACAACCAGAAAAUUUGCAACCAGAAAUUAUUCUUGUGGACGCAACACUGGAAGAUUUUGAACGAAUUGGCAUGAGAUCAUCGACACUUAUAGGCGCCAGUUUUCAAUGUCCGCCUUUGUUCACUUUUCCUGAACUACAACAGCUUAAAACACAACUUGAAAAGGUAAAAAAAGAGCUAAAAUUUCGAUAUUUUGCAUAUGCUCUCGAUUUCAGAUGA